CCCACUUCCAUUCUUCAAGAUUUCAUCUUUGUCGUCUCCAAUGGCGACUUCUUCGUCUUCUCCCUCCCACCAAGAUGACCCACAAAAGGUCCAAUUCCCGUUGGACUCCGCCGCGUACGAAAACCUCCAAGAAAUCGGCUCUGGCGACAAGGUCUUCGUCUACAAGGCCGUCUGCGUCCCCAUGAACUCUGCAAUCGUCGCAAUCAAGUCCGUCAACCUCAAUCAAUCCGCUGCCCAUUUCGAGAGUAAGCUGCGCGACACCAAGACUCUGUCUCUUUCCCACCCCAACAUUCUCGGCGAUCAUUGCUCCUUCACCACCGCCGAGCGCCGUCUCUGGGUGGUCAUGCCGUUCAUGACCUUCGGCUCUCUGCAAUCCGUAAUAAUCGCCCCUUCAGCUUUCCCGGAAGGAUUACCAGAGCCCUGCAUUGCAGUCGUCCUGAAGGAGACGCUAAACGCCCUGUCGUAUCUCCAUGGCCACGGACGCUUCCACGGCGACAUCAAGCCCGGAAAUAUCUUGGUUGACUCUGAUGGGUCCGUUAAGAUCGCAGAUUUCGGGGUUUCUUCUUCUUUCUACGACGCCGAUUUUUCAACUGGGGCAAACGACUCUACAAGGCCGUAUUGGGUGGCGCCCGGCGGAGGUGGAUGCAAGGCGGAUAUCUGGGCAUUUGGCAUCACGGCGCUGGAAUUGGCUCUGGGCGGCCCUCCCCUGUCUGGCUUGCCGCUGUUAUUGGGGACUCAAAUUAUGAAGGUCAAGAACAGGUUCCGGCUUGCGGAUUACGAACACAUCAUCAAGGAUUUCCGGAACCAGAAGUACUCUGCGGCUUUCAAAGACUUGGUAGGUUCUUGCCUUGAUCGGGACCCGGAGAAGAGGCCGGCGGCAGAGGCGCUGCUGAAGCACCCGUUUUUCCACGACUGCGGGGGCAAGGACUAUCUGGUGGGGACUGUGCUUCCGCAUUUGGAGAGCGUCGAGGAGAGGUUCAAGAAAAGAAGCAGGGGUUUGGCUCACGUGUUGGGCAAGGUAGACUAUGAAGAAGUGAGGGGUGAGGAUAUGGGGUUUAAAGGAUGGAAUUUCAAUGUGGACGACUUUGUUUUCAACCCAGUUUUUCCGAUUGCGUCGUCUUCUACUCCCAGCUCUGAGUCUUCCGACGGCAUCGAAUUCCGGCUAUCAGCAUGUGUAAGGAGGUUGGCAAAGCAAUUACAGAUUGUGAUGAUGACUACUGGUGAGUUGAAGGGAGCAAUUGAGGCGAGCAUUGAGGAACCCGUAGAGAUUUGGAUGAUGAAGAAUGCGUUGGAGAAAGAGAAGGAAGAUAUUAUGGACCUGCAGAUUAAAUUGAGGGAGUUUGCUUUGAACCCGAUUUAUCCGGCUGGGUUGUAUACUACUGUGUAUUCUACUUCCAGCUUUCCGGCAGAUGGCGGCAACGCUCGGCUGGUGUGGUUGCUAGUGGAAUCGCUGGUGAAAUUGGUGAGAAUUGCAGGAAAAUUGGAAAUACAGAUUAAGAAUUUGAUCAGCAUUAUUGAUGAAGAAUUGGGAGGAGGAGGGGAGGUUGAGGCGCUGAAGAGGAAGUUGGAGUCUGAGCACCAAACAUGUUUGGGGUUUCAGGUAGCGUUGGAGCUGAUCAAGUUAAGUUUGGACCCUAAUGAAAGAGAUUAG